CCCCUUCUCCACCUCCUCCCCCCGGCGCCCUCGCCGCUUUCUGGAAGGUUCGUGAAGGCCGUGGGUACCUUCCGUUAUUCUGCGGCCGUCCGGAAUCCGGCUCCAUCCGUCCUCCACAAGCCCACGCAGACCCAGCCGACCUUGCCAUGCCGGAGAACGUGGCUCCCCGGAGCGGGGUCCCCGCCGGGGCUGCCAGCGGCCGCAACAAAAGCGCCUAUCAGGACCGUGACAAGCCGGCCCAGAUCCGCUUCAGCAACAUCUCUGCGGCCAAAGCUGUUGCUGAUGCUAUUAGAACAAGCCUUGGACCAAAAGGAAUGGAUAAAAUGAUUCAAGAUGGAAAAGGCGAUGUGACCAUUACAAAUGAUGGUGCCACCAUUCUGAAACAAAUGCAGGUGUUACAUCCAGCAGCCAGAAUGCUGGUGGAGCUAUCUAAGGCGCAAGAUAUAGAAGCAGGAGAUGGCACCACAUCAGUGGUCAUCAUUGCUGGCUCUCUCUUAGAUUCCUGUACCAAGCUUCUUCAGAAAGGGAUUCAUCCGACCAUCAUUUCUGAGUCAUUCCAGAAGGCUUUGGAAAAGGGUAUUGAAAUCUUGACUGACAUGUCUAGACCUGUGGAACUGAGUGACAGAGAAACUUUAUUAAAUAGUGCUACCACUUCAUUGAACUCAAAGGUUGUCUCUCAGUAUUCAAGUCUGCUUUCUCCAAUGAGUGUAAAUGCAGUGAUGAAAGUGAUUGACCCAGCCACUGCUACUAGCGUGGAUCUGAGAGACAUUAAAAUAGUUAAGAAACUUGGUGGGACAAUUGAUGACUGUGAGCUGGUAGAAGGGCUGGUACUUACUCAAAAGGUGGCAAAUUCUGGCAUAACCAGAGUUGAAAAGGCUAAGAUUGGGCUUAUUCAAUUUUGCUUAUCUGCUCCCAAAACUGAUAUGGAUAAUCAAAUAGUAGUUUCUGACUAUGUCCAGAUGGACCGAGUGCUGCGGGAGGAGAGAGCCUAUAUUCUAAAUUUAGUGAAGCAAAUUAAAAAAACAGGAUGUAAUGUUCUUCUCAUACAGAAGUCUAUUCUGAGAGAUGCUCUUAGUGAUCUUGCAUUACAUUUCCUGAACAAAAUGAAGAUUAUGGUGGUUAAGGAUAUUGAAAGAGAAGACAUUGAAUUCAUUUGUAAGACAAUUGGAACCAAGCCAGUUGCUCAUAUUGACCAGUUCACUGCCGACAUGCUGGGAUCAGCUGAGUUAGCUGAGGAGGUCAAUUUAAAUGGUUCUGGCAAACUGCUUAAGAUUACAGGCUGUGCAAGCCCUGGAAAAACAGUUACAAUUGUUGUUCGUGGCUCUAACAAAUUGGUGAUUGAAGAAGCUGAGCGUUCCAUUCAUGAUGCUCUAUGUGUUAUUCGCUGUUUAGUGAAGAAGAGAGCUCUUAUUGCAGGAGGUGGUGCUCCAGAGAUAGAAUUGGCCCUACGGUUAACUGAAUAUUCACGAACAUUGAGUGGCAUGGAAUCCUACUGCGUUCGUGCUUUUGCAGAUGCUAUGGAAGUCAUUCCAUCUACACUAGCUGAAAAUGCUGGCUUGAAUCCCAUUUCUACAGUAACAGAACUAAGAAACCGCCAUGCCCAAGGAGAAAAAACUACUGGCAUUAAUGUCCGAAAGGGUGGUAUUUCCAACAUUCUGGAGGAAUUGGUUGUCCAGCCUCUGUUGGUUUCAGUCAGUGCACUGACUCUAGCAACUGAAACUGUCCGGAGCAUUCUGAAAAUUGAUGAUGUGGUAAACACUCGGUAAUCAAGUAACACUGGCCAACUGGCACCAUCACAGCCACUAACAGUGUGUCUGGAGUGGAAGAUCUCCUUGCUGUUUGGAAGAUUGUUUUCCUCUACAAAUUCCCAGGCUUGGUCUUCCAGUUGGCACUUGCUUGAAAUUGUAUUGACAUAAUUAAAGUAUUAAAUGUUUGGUUUCAAAA